UUUGUCAACAGAACCUGGGUGAGAUGAUGCUGCGUCCGGAGUUCCGUCCGGUACCGUUACCGCAUACAUCACGAGCGUCGGGUAUCUUUCGCGCGGCGGCCAUGAUGGCGGCGCGCUGUGAGUGGAAGGACUUUAACGACCUCAAGACUGUUCCAGAGCAGGGGACUCGGAUGAACCUAGAUAAAUUGUUACUGGAUGAGUUGAAGGGAAUGUUACAGGAUCUUCCGGAACUAGACAACAACUUUGCGAGUGAAAUAGGCAGUUUCCAGUCAAUGGAAGAUCUGAAAAGGUUUGAUGAGAAGUUGACAGUAUGCUUUCAAAACGUCAGUAUCAAAACCGAAACAAUUGCUCCCGUCCAGCUCAUCAACGAGGAUACAAUAAUGAGGGAUGACGAGAUAUGGAACGCCCUCACAGAUAACUAUGGUAACGUGAUGGCGGUGGACUGGAAACAGUCGCACACACGCGCCCUCCACAUCCGUGCUCUCAACCUGGAGGACAGUCCAAGGGGGUGUGGAGGUCAGAUGGGGUGUGGAGGUCAGAUGGGGUGUGGAGGUCAGAGGGCGUGUGGAGGUCAAAGGGCGUGUGGAGGUCAGAGGGCUUGCGGAGGAGAGCUGCUGCUGGAGGAUGAGGAGAUGAGGGAGCAGAUGGACCUGCACUCCAUCAUCGUGUCCUGUUUCAGCGAUGAGCCGGUCCUCACAGCAGAACAGGUCCUGGAGGAGAUAGAGGAGAUGUUGCAGGACUCUCCAGACCAAAGCCCGUCGCAGCUAAACUCCCCCCUGGGCCCCCCUGGGCCCCCCUGCCCCACCACCACCCUGAGACAAGAACUGAGGUUGCGAGCUCGCUGCGUGGCGGAGCUGAACGAGGUUCUGGAGGAGGUGGAGACACACAUCCGACUCCUGAGUGAGGAGCUGCUGGAACAGCUGGCUCUGAGGGACGAGCUGACCUUCCACAAGGAGGCCAGCAACACCUUCAUCUCUGCCCUCAUCGAUCUCCAGACCCUCCACAAGGAGCAGCAGAGGAGGAGGAGGAGCCUGCAGGGCCGGCCGGAGCGGCAGCAGGGAUCACGAUUCAGCAUGAAGGGGCUCUCCUCUGCCAUUCAAAAUGGCUUCCAACACACCUCCAGGACCGGGGCCAGGGACGGACAGUACCUGACCACAGUCAUCCCCUACAAGAAGAAGCCUGGACCUCCGUCGGUGGAAGACCUCCAGAUCCUCACUAAGAUUCUACAAGCCAUGAAGGAUGACAGUGACAAGGUGCCCAGCCUGCUGACGGACUACAUUCUGAAAGUGCAUUGCCCAACGUAACCACAGAGCUCUGAAGAUGCAGACGCACGAUGACAGCAACACUGUGUUGUAAGCGUCAGCAUUACGCACUCUUCACUGAUUCGCCUCUGUGAUGUUUUUAUUUAUGUAUUUAUCAUUUUGCUCCAUUUGUGUUUCCUGAGCCAGAUGACCUCAUACGCUCUGACUGCUGCAUUUCUAUUGGUCGUGUUAUUUCAGUGUUUUUACUUUUACUGCAAAAGGUAUAUCAUAUAAAGUAUCACAUAUUCAUAUUAUGACAGAAAGGGAUGUUGAUGUUCUUAUAGCCCUACUAUCCUUGACCAGGAAUUACGAGAAUAUGACUUAGUGUGAUAGUUUAAGGGUUGUUUUGUUGUGAAAUUGUAAUUAUCAGAGAGCUCAGAGUACACUUAAAAUAGACUUUAAAGAAGUAUGUUCAACUAACAGAACAGUAACAUGACUGUAGUGAACUCAGUUUCCCAUGAGGCCUCUGUGUUCCCAGAGAAGCUGCAUCCCAAGAGUAGCACCAUGACCACACAGGUCAAGGGUUCACAGAGGUCAAGGGUCAGAACCGUAACCAAGCACUGAUUAAUACUAACUAUGCAUUUGAAUGAAGGAGGAACAAGGAGCUUCAGACAAGGUGUGUGAGGCUGGACUGCAGCCAGGCGAGCCCCCGCCGCCCCC